AUGUUGAGUUUGGCUUUUGCUAUUAUUUUCCUUUUGACUGCGGCAUUUGCAGUGUUAUGUUCAUGUGGCCAUGCACAACUUGGUUUCAAUGAAGAAGAAAGACAAGCUCUGCUAAGUAUCAAAGGAAGCUUCAAAGAUCCAUCAAGGCUUUCAUCUUGGGAAGGAAGUAGUUGUUGCCAAUGGAAAGGUGUAGCUUGCAAUAAUCUUACAGGCCAUGUUGUCAAGCUUGAUCUCAGAAAUCCUUGUUAUCCCUUACAAGGAGCUUUUCAACCAGACUGUAAGUUUUAUGACCAUGUCCUUGAAGCUAAACAUCUUCACCCUUCUAUAUUGCAUCUUAAAUAUCUAACUUAUUUAGAUUUGAGUGGAAACAAUUUUCAUAAUACUUCAAUACCAGAAUCCAUUCAAACCCUGCAGCAUCUGCAAGUCCUUUAUCUCUCUGAUAGUCAUUUUAGUGGUAGGAUCCCGUACAAUCUUGGAAACCUCACAAAAUUGCUCAUUCUUGAUUUGAGCUUCAAUUCUCAUUUGUAUGCGGAUGACUUCUACUGGAUUUCUCAGCUUUCGUCCCUCCAAUACCUUUACAUGAGUGAUGUGUAUCUUGGUAAGGCACAAAAUUUGUUACAGUCACUCAACAUGCUUCCUUCUUUGAUAGAAAUAGAAUUUAGAAAUUGUGGACUUGAUAAGUUGCACACCCAUCAACAUGUUACCACAAACCUUUCCAAACUGGAAUACCUCAAUCUAGCAGAAAAUGGACUUCAGACUCCGUUUCUCGAUGCUUUUCAAAAUAUGACUUCCAUUGCAGUCAUUGACCUUUCUCACAACAACCUUAAUUCCACUCCUUUCUGGUUGGGAACCUCUGCUAACCUCGUCCGUCUAUUUCUUGACAGUAAUGCCCUUUAUGGCUCACUUCCAUCUGCUUUACGCAAUCUGACUUCCCUGGUUUCUCUCGACCUUUCACAAAACAAGUUUCAUUCUGUUUCGGGCUGGUUAGGUGAGCUAAAGGGUCUUCAAUACCUCAGUCUUUCAGGUAAUGAUGUAAGUCAUAUUGAGGGAUCUCUAGCACAUCUUCUGGGAAACUGUUGCCAUCUUAAACAAUUAGAUAUGUCAAGAAACAAACUUCAAAGUGAUGCACUUGGAAACCAUACACAGUUUGAAUGCAUUAGCCACGAUUUGAUGUAUUUGGAUUUAAGUCACAACGAAUGUAAUGGUCAUUUGCCACCAUGGUUGGGACAGCUUGAAAAUCUAAUUUCAUUGAUCAUGACUGACAGUAAUUUGGUGGGAUCACUUCCUUGUGCUAUAAUAACAAAACUCGUCAAUCUGCAGAAUUUGGUGCUUUCCAACAAUAACUUCACCGGUUCUCUCCCUGACUGUAUCGGGGAACUUGUCAGUUUAAAAAUUUUAAUUCUCUCUUCCAAUCAUUUUGAUGGGGUCAUUCCAAGGAGUUUAGUGCAACUUGUAAGCCUAACAGAUCUAGAUCUUUCACGAAACUCUUUAAAUGGCACCAUUCCUCCCAAUAUUGGUCAACUUCAAAAUUUGUCCACCUUCUAUCUCUCUGAAAAUAAGUUAUACGGAAACAUUCCUUACGGUCUUAGUCAGCUUCUAAACCUUCAGAAUUUAGACAUAUCCCUAAAUCAUUUGGAGAAUUUGGUGUCUGACAUAAGAUGGCCCAGACAACUUGUCUACUUAAAUCUCACCGAUAAUCGUAUCAGUGGGUCACUUCCCCAAGAUAUUUCUGAUAGUUUGCCCAAUGCCACUCACUUGCUUCUUGGAAACAACCUUAUAAGUGGUCUCAUUCCAGAUUCAUUGUGCAAAAUAGACUCCUUGUACAGUCUUGACCUUUCAGGAAACAUGUUAGUUGAUGAAAUUCCUAAUUGUUGGAGUCUUACUCAAAGACUCAAUGUUAUAAAUUUGGCUUCCAACAAACUAUCAGGUGUCAUUCCCAGCUCUCUGGGUAAUCUACCCACGUUGGCAUGGUUACAUUUGAACAAUAACAGCCUUCAUGGGGAGUUUCCAUCAUCCCUGAGAAAUUUAAGUCAACUUUUAAUUUUGGAUGUUGGAGAGAACCAUUUGUCUGGGAUUAUCCCUUCAUGGAUGGGGAAUAUAUUUUCCUCGAUGCAGAUUCUAAGGCUACGGCAAAACAGGUUGAAUGGAACAAUUCCUUUACAAUUGUGCCAACUCUCUGCACUGCAGAUUUUGGACCUUUCAAACAACAACUUGAUUGGUCCAAUCCCUCAUUGCAUCGGAAAUCUCACAGGUAUGGUCUCACGAAAGAAUAUUUCUGUCAACCAAUCUAGUAGAACUGUUGAAUGGUAUGAACAAGAUGUUAGAGAGGUCGUGAAAGGAAUGGAACUAGAGUAUACCAGAAAUCUAAAACUUGUGGUAAACUUGGACUUGUCAAAUAACAAUUUGACUGGAUCUAUUCCAGAUGGAAUAACAUCACUUGGUGCAUUGCAUGGCCUAAAUCUAUCAUACAAUCGUUUGUCAGGACAACUCCCCAAAAGGAUAGGGGACAUGAAAUCACUAGAAUCUCUUGACCUCUCUCAUGACCAACUUUCUGGUGCAAUUUCAGAAAGCAUAACUAGUUUAACUUGGUUAAGCCACUUAAAUUUGUCCUACAACAACCUUUCAGGACCAAUUCCCAAAGGAACUCAAUUAUCAACCCUUGAUGAUCCUUUUAUUUAUGCCGGCAACCCAUUUCUGUGUGGACAUCCACUGCCGAAUAAGUGCAUUGAUGAUCAUUUCAAAGGUGGUAACGAAGAUGAAGAAAAAGAUGACAAAGAGGAUAAAGUUGAGAAAUUGUGGUUUUACUCUGUCAUUGCACUUGGCUAUUUGAUUGGAUUUUGGGCUGUGAUUGGAAGCUUGUUGUUGCAUAAAAGUUGGAGGCUUGCUUACUUUCAAUAUGUUGAUGAGUCAACACAGAGGAUAAAUGUAUCAUUGACAAUACAUUUAGCAAAUUUUAAGGAAUCAUUGACAGGAAUCCUAAUGCUGCGUGAGACAUUACGGUAAUGUUUAUGCAUUCGGUCUCUCUUUUAUGCUCUUGGAGGAUUUCAUGUUUAUUUUGCUUCAUAAGUAAUUACUUGGACUUUGUAAAAUAGGAAUAAAUGUUACUUGUAGAAUUUCUCGUUUACAUAAUAAUUGU